UUGCAUCUACUUCUUUGGUGGUGGUGCUCCCCACUCGGACGUGCACAACGCCUGUAGCGCCUUGUGCCUGGAGGGCUGGGAGGGCGACGACCCCAGGGCCACCUGGCAGGUCGUGGCAUCUCCGGGCUCCGUGGAGUCGGAUCAGAUGCCCAGCCCGGUGCAGGGGGUGAAGGGCACCGUGUUUCAGGAUGAAUUCGUGAUCUUCGGGGGUCGGAGGCAAGGGGGCCGAUGCACCAAUGAUGUCUGGUCCCUCGAUCUGGCAGGUGCAUCUUUCGCUGCCACUCCCACGCUGCCAUGGAGGCGCCUGGAGUGUGAUGGUGAAGCGCCCUCUCCUCGUGUGUGGCACUGUGCCUGCCAAGCAGUGCACGGCCAAUGGUUUAUUUAUGGGGGCAGUACCUGGCAAUUUGAGGAGCCUGCUGAGCCUCAUGAUUUUCGAACGCUUUUUG